AAUGAAGAGCGUUGCCAUUGGCGUCUGUCCCGCGGACCCCACGCGCGUCCCGCCGGUUCCCGCUGCUCUGAGCCCCGCUGCGCGCGCUUCCAUUGUCCUUACGGCUGUGGGAGCCGGGACGCGUGUGCGUUGCCUCUGCUGAUGCCGAGGCUGCCUUUGCGCCCCCGUCGCACGGUGCGUCCCCCGCCCCAUGGAGCCGCCCGCGGGGGCCGCGGCGACCGAAAAGGAUCCUGCGGCCCGAGACGACCCCAAGGAUGCCAAGGUCUCGGCGCCAGUUGGGGACCCCCCGACCAGGACAUCGUCUCCUCACAAAGCUGGACACGCGCUACAAAACUGGGACACCGUGGCCACAGUGGGCACUGGAACGUUUGGCCGCGUGAACUUGGUGAAGGAGAAGACAGGCAGGAGGUACUAUGCCUUGAAGAUUAUGAGCAUCCCGGAUGUCAUCCGCCUGAAGCAGGAGCAGCAUGUGCAGAAUGAGAAGGCAGUUCUGAAGGAAAUCAACCAUCCCUUCCUCGUUAAGCUGUUCUGGACUGGCCAUGACAACCGCUUCCUGUACAUGCUGAUGGAGUUCGUGCCUGGUGGUGAGCUGUUCACUUACCUGAGGAACCGUGGCCACUUCUCCUCAGUUGCAGCAAUCUUCUACUCCACAGAGAUCGUAUGUGCCAUCGAGUACCUGCACUCCAAAGAGAUUGUGUACAGGGACCUAAAGCCUGAAAACAUCCUUCUAGAUAGGGAAGGGCACAUCAAACUCACUGACUUUGGCUUCUCGAAGAAGCUGGUGGAUAGGACAUGGACCCUCUGUGGAACACCAGAAUACCUUGCCCCAGAAGUCAUUCAGAGCAAAGGCCAUGGGAGAGCCGUGGACUGGUGGGCACUGGGCAUCCUUAUAUUCGAGAUGCUGUCUGGGUUUCCCCCAUUUUUUGAUGACAACCCAUUUGGGAUUUACCAGAAAAUCCUUGCGUGCAAAAUAGAUUUCCCCAGACACUUGGAUUUCACCUCUAAGGACCUGAUCAAGAAGUUGCUGGUGGUAGAUAGGACCCGGCGCCUGGGCAGCAUGAAGAACGGGGUAGAAGACAUCAAGCGGCACCGAUGGUUCCGGGGUGUGGAGUGGGAUUCAGUGCCACAGAGGAAACUCAAGCCACCCAUUGUACCCAAGUUAUCGGGUGAUGGCGACACCUCCAACUUUGAGACUUAUCCAGAGAGUGAAUGGGACAAGACUCCUCCUGUGUCUGACAAAGAACUGGAAACGUUCAAAAAUUUCUGAGGAACGGGAACCCACAUCUGCAAGGAGCAUGAAGAAUUCCACGCAGUGCCGAGGACCAGAACCAUUUUUGUUGCUUGACUUUGUUUUUUUUUUUCCUGAAAAAUUAGAAGGAUUCGGUAUAUGUAUCCACUACCCAUUCAAGGCUAACGGGACCAUUGCCCUCAGGACCCAACCUCAUUUCAAAACUAGAAACCUGAUCAUUGGGAAGUUUGUAAAACCUGUUAAAUUGUAGAUUUUUUUUCCCGUCUUUGUGAGUCUUGUGUUCGUGCUGUGGAGUUAGUUAUUGUUGUUGUUUCGCUACUGAAUUUUGUAAGUUUGAAUUUGACCCAUGUAAUUCUAGCUGUCACUGUGUAUGUGCACAGACAAUGUGCACAACUGAUACUUUGAUAUGCCUGUGACAUGUUUAUUUUCCAAAACUUUCUGAAAAAUCUGUCACCCUGCAGGCAAAAAAAAGGGGGGGGGGUGCAAUCUAUGCAUUUUUUUAAAUGCUUUUCUAUGCAUUUUGCAGUCAUUUGUGUGCGUUGCUUAUUUAGUCACUGUUUGUUUAGUUUCUCUCUGGUCACUAUAAACUUGGAAGGCAGGAAGCCACAUGCCCUGCAGACCCUCUUUCAAAUAUGGCACAAACAGGUGACUUUCCACAAUCUUCCAGUUUACACGUUUCCAGUAAAAUAUCCUUUCCUAAAGUUAAGCCAGAACUUUGCAUAAUGCAUUAACCACUUGGCAUCCUGGGUGCAAAGAUUGCUUUUUUAUGAUAAAACAAAUUUAUCCACAUUCCCAAAAGGGAGCUUUAAGGAUCCACCCCUCAACUCCCUCCUCUGUUGUAAACGACAUUUUCUUCCCACCAAACUCAGUCCUGUUCUUCCAGCCUUGUUCAUCUGUAAAAACUCAGAUUCCAGGCUGGUAACUUUUCUUUUCUUUCCUUUCCUUUUCUUUCCUUUUCUUUUCUUUUGAGACAAGAGUUUCUCUGUGUAAUGGGCCUAGCUGUCCUGGAACUAGCUCUUGUAGACCAGGCUGGCCUCAAACUCACAGAGAUCCACCUGCCUCUGCCUCCCAAGUGCUGGGAUUAAAGGUGUGCACCACCACUGCUCUGCCGGGCUGGAAACUUUUAUGAAUGUUUGUACAGAGCUGUAUUUUCAGUGAGCUUUUUCAGCCCUUUCCAGUAUGCAAAAUAACUGGGUUAUGUACCACAAACAAACAUACACAGGAGAUAGAACUCAAGAUUAUAAUCAAGCCCUGUGAAUAGGCACGCUGACCCACAUAGGUGCUGUCUUCAUUUGAUAUUAAGUAGGAAAUAAUAUAAAAUUAGCAUAGGAAACAUCGCCUUAAUUCUAAACAUAUAUGGGGAGAUCACACAUAUGCACAUGCACCCACUGUGUGCUCUUAUUUAACAGUUUGACCCCUGAUCCUAAAAAUAAAAUUAAACACCCUUAUAAAUUAUAUCAUGUGAUGUCAUUGUAGUGACAUCAGGUAGUGCGUAUGAAUCAUAAUUUUUAUUAAUCUUAAUGUGUGUGCAUGUGACUUCAGUACAUACGGAGCCAGCAGAGCACUCCAGAGACUCUGCAGCUGGACAUACAGGCGAUUGCGUGCUGCGCUGUCCAUGUUGGAAUGGAUAAAGGAACUAUGUCCUCUUCCUGCCUCUGAGUCCAAGGAGAACUGUGCACCCAGCACCUUCUCUUAAAGCAAUUGGACAGUGUAGUGGGGAGCUGCUGGCUGUGUUCAUGCCGCCCCAGCUCCCAGUCGCAUGGCUAGCUUAUGCCCCGAAAUAACAACACACAAACUAUAUUCUUUUAAACACUGCUUGGCCCAUUAGCUCCAGCCCUUACUGGCUAAUUCUCAUAUCCCGAUCAACCCAUCUCUAAUAAUCUGUGUAGCACCAGUCUUACCAGGAAAGAUUCAGCAUGUCUGACCUGGCGGCUUGCUUCAUCGUGUCUGCUCUGGAGCACAGUGGCAUGGUGUCUGCCCCAGAGAGGAGAGGAAAUGGCGUCUUAGCUCACUUCCUCUUCCUCCCAGCAUUCUGUUCUGUUUACUCCACCUACCUAUGUUCUAACCUAUGAGGGCCAAGCAGUUUUUUUAUUCAUUAACCAAUGACCUUCCUCCAUCAGGACAGUUAAUGAACUGUCAAAUUUCUCUGAUGGUUGACUUGAACCAAGUACAAAAGAUAAUCAGUAACGACUACUAAUUUAAAAACAAAUCCCCAUGCUCUCCAAGACUAAUUUGUGUGUGUGUGUGUGUGUGUGUGUGUGUGUGUGUGUGUGUGUGUGUGUGUGUUUAGUAGCUAUAAAGUACUAAGUGCUGCGGAAUGGUGCUCACCUCACCUAAUUAACUGUUACAUGUUACACUGUAAAACGUGAUUUGACGGCUAAAUACUGUUCACAGGACCCUCGGGCUGUGCUUAUAUCUCAACAUUGGACCAAAACAUAGCAGUCAAUCACCACUGUGUUGCUCGGUGAACCCUAGGCAAGAUUUAGCAUUGUGUGGGGCUCUAUGUUGGGAUGAAAAACUGGAGAAAGGGUCUAUCACUUCUGGCUGUAUAUUUUGAGGUGUGUUGAUUUCCUGGGUUGUGUGUGUGUGUUUUAUUGUUUUUGAUGAAGCUACAUAGGGAGCAUUGAUGAAUGCCACACCUGAAAAUGAUGAUGCAAAGUCAAGGUUUUUGUAUGAGUUGGUUUCUCCCAUCUGUUUGUGUGUGUCCGUGUCCCUACCCUUGCUUGUUCCCAUCAAAUCUGCCUUGAGAACCUCACAGCCUUGCAUCCAACCGCACACUGUCAUUUCCAUGGGGAUGUGGGUGCUCUAGCUGGCUAUGUAAUAGACAUCCUUACUUGUGUAACUUAGGGAAAGUGAGCGGCAGCAGGAGCCUUCCCGGCCCUCCUGGUCCUCACAGGUCAGACUCAAACCCCUUGGCAACCUCAGUUCUUCUCCCAGUGUGGGGACUCACCACUUGACCUCCUGAUAGAACAGGUGUCGCGUACACUGUGCAGGUGUGUCCCGCUGCUGAGCACUUGCUGGCUCAUCUGAAAUUAUCACCUGGAAUGAAAAAGCCUGGUCUUUCAUCUUACUUUCUAAUCCUGCUGCACAAUUUAAAAAUCACUGUGAUUUGUGUAUAUAUCUAUAUCUUUCUAUAUAUAUUUGCCCCAGGAAGAUUUUUCUGCUGUCUAAUUUAUAAAAUAAUACUAUUGAG